CGCGGAAGAGCCGGUGGAUCGCAGCAGCAAACCGUCACAGCGGAACGAUGAGCCGCAGCUACAACGAUGAGCUGCAGUACCUCGAGAAAAUCAGCGGCAACUGCUGGAGGAUCAAGAAGGGCUUCGUGCCCAACAUGCAGGUGGAAGGAACCUUCUACGUGAACGAGCCUCUGCAGAAGCUGAUCUUUGAGGAGCUGCGUAACGCCUGUCGAGGAGGAGGUUUCGGAGGUUUCCUUCCCGCUCUGAAGCAGAUCGGCAACGUGGCGGCGCUGCCGGGGAUCGUCCACAGGUCCAUCGGGCUGCCCGACGUCCACUCCGGAUACGGCUUCGCCAUCGGCAACAUGGCGGCCUUCGACAUGGGCGACCCGGACGCCGUGGUGUCUCCAGGGGGCGUCGGCUUCGACAUCAACUGCGGCGUGCGGCUGCUGAGGACCAACCUGGACGAGGGCGACGUGCAGCCGGUGAAGGAGCAGCUGGCCCAGGCGCUGUUCGACCACAUCCCGGUGGGCGUCGGCUCCAAGGGCGUCAUCCCCAUGGGGGCCAGGGACCUGGAGGAGGCCCUGGAGAUGGGCGUGGACUGGUCCCUGAGGGAGGGCUACGCCUGGGCCGAGGACAAGGAGCACUGUGAGGAGUACGGCCGCAUGCUGCAGGCCGACCCCAACAAGGUGUCCUCCAAGGCCAAGAAGAGGGGCCUGCCACAGCUGGGGACUCUGGGAGCAGGGAACCACUACGUUGAGAUCCAGGUGGUGGACGAGAUCUACAACGACUACGCCGCCAAGAAGAUGGGCAUCGACCACAAGGGCCAGGUGUGUGUGAUGAUCCACAGCGGCAGCAGAGGGCUGGGGCACCAGGUGGCCACAGACGCUCUGGUUGCCAUGGAGAAGGCGAUGAAGCGGGACAAGAUCGUGGUGAACGACCGGCAGCUCGCCUGCGCUCGCAUCUUCUCUCAGGAGGGCCAGGACUACCUGAAGGGCAUGGCGGCCGCAGGCAACUACGCCUGGGUCAACCGCUCCUCCAUGACCUUCCUCACCAGACAGGCGUUCUCCAAGGUGUUCGUGACGACGCCCGACGACCUGGACAUGCACGUGAUCUACGACGUGUCGCACAACAUCGCCAAGGUGGAGGAGCACAUGGUGGACGGGCGGCCGCGCACGCUGCUGCUGCACCGCAAGGGCACCACCCGCGCCUUCCCCCCCCACCACCCACUCAUCCCCGUGGACUACCAGCUCACCGGGCAGCCGGUGCUGAUUGGAGGAACCAUGGGAACCUGCAGCUACGUCCUCACGGGCACCGAGCGCGGCAUGACGGAGACGUUCGGCACCACCUGCCACGGAGCGGGUCGCGCUCUGUCUCGAGCGAAGUCCCGCAGGAACCUGGACUUCCAGGACGUCCUGGACCGGCUGGCGGACCAGGGCAUCGCCAUCCGGGUGGCGUCCCCCAAGCUGGUGAUGGAGGAGGCACCGGAGUCCUACAAGAACGUGACGGACGUCGUGAACACGUGUCACGAGGCGGGAAUCAGCAAGAAGGCCAUCAAGCUGAGACCCAUCGCCGUCAUCAAGGGUUAAGGGUCAAAGGUCAAGCUCAGGCCCAUCACCGUCAUCAAAAGUUAAAGGAUGAAUGUUUGUUUUCAUGAUGAAUAAAAAUCACUUUUCAACAA